AUGGCAUCGCCACCGCAAUCCUUCCCACUCGACCGCAGCAUCUUCAACGAAACCCUCUACUCUCGCCUCCGGGACUUCUGGCUCGCUGGCGUACCGCAGGACGCCACUUCACCACCCUGGGAAGCGAUUCAGCGCUGGUUCGGCCCCGGCAUGACGCAGGAGCAGAAGGACGCUCUGGACCGCUCGUGCCAUAGUAACUUCGGGGAGGCGUUGAAUGCUCUUGGGCCGGAGAAGCUUGCCUUGCCGGCUUUUGAGAGCUACGAGGAUGAUUUGGGGAAGGCGGAGAUUAUCUCGUCUCCUUUGUUGAAGGAGGUGCGGGAAGCGCAUUCGGAGAGUGUGGAGGGGGGAGCGAAGAGGUUGCUUUCGCUUGUUGUUUUGUUGGAUCAGAUGCCGAGGAAUAUUUACCGCGAUUUGGAUGGGUUGGGGUUGGUGUAUGGGCAUUAUGAUCGGCUUUCUUUCUCGUUGUUAAGGAGUAGCAUGAAGUUGGAGCCGAAUAUGAUGGGGGAGGAUUGUGUGAAGAUGCGGCCGGUUUGGUUGUCUUGGCUCACCAUCCCAUUUAUGCACUGCGAACAUCUGCCCUCGCAUGAGCUAUACCUCAAGUAUGCCAGAGCGACCAGGCAGAUCUUCCACGAAAAGAACGACACGGCCGCUGUGCAGUACCUGGACCGCAACAUUGAGUUCGAACUAAAACACAUCGAACCUCUCGAGAAGUUCGGCCGGUAUCCGCACCGCAACGCCGCUCUCGGAAGGAAAAGCACUGCGGAGGAAGAAGAGUAUAUGAAGAGUGGCGCUACGUUUGGCGUGACGCAGCAGAAGAAAGUGGAGCAGGAGGAUGAGAAGAAAGAUGAUCCGAAAGAUGAACUAUGA